CACCGGUUGAUCUACAAGCUUGCAGUCCAUGGUAGAGGCAGCAGCCAAAAGGAUCAGCUGUGUGUCGACAGCUGUGUCAGGCAACUCGACCAGAACGAUAACCAACACAUUAUUGCCUUGGAUCUCCCCGCGCGAGUCCGGACGAACGUCAAGAGGACCGAACGAUACCCAUGUCGCAAUCGACCCUCAGAGCGCCGUCGCUGUCAAAAAGUCGUCAGCGUCCCCGAAAGGCAUGCGUGACCUGUCGAAGUAUCAAGAUCAAAUGCGUUCCUACGUCGGGAGAUGCUGCUGCAACCGACGAUUGUGAGCGGUGUCGGAGACUUGGGGUCGCUUGCACGUACAAGAGGGCAGUCAGACAGUAUCCCGGCAGUAAGGCUGCACCGAGCCUAGUUCAUGAGACAAGAAGGUCUGCCGAUCCCACGGUCUACUCCUCUGGCAACUCCGAUGAUGGUUCUCGACACCCAGGCAGUUCGCAAAGCAUAUUUAACAUUCCCCAAGAGCCUCGAUCGUUGCCCAUGAUAGGCCUCGAUAUCUACAACAUCAACGCACCGCAUGUCCAACCUCUCGCCGGACCGUCCUCGUUAGCACAGAACCCACAGAUCCCACAAAGACUCUACGCCGGUGAACAGUCGGUUCUGCUUGGGCCGAAUAUGCCUAUGGGAGAGGUUCCCGGGCAUGCAAUGCAGACGGAUCUGGCCAGCGAAACUUCGCAGUGCCAAGCUCCUGUCGGCUACAGUAUUAUCAAACAUCUCGAUCCUGCUUCCGUAGAAGCAGGGUCCGCCUCAGACUGCCGUUCGUCAGCCGACCCGCAUGCCAAGAUGAUCGUCGAUGGCGUCACUUUGUCCAUGAUGACAGAGCUCGAGUCACGAGACCUGGUCGAUCGGUUCUUCACACACCUUCAGCCUCUUAUCGCGCUGCUGGACCCCAUGUUUCAUACUUUCGAUCAUCUCAAGCACAACAUGCCUAUCCUGUUCCUCGCUAUUCUUACAUCUUCUGCGAAGUUCUUCCGACCCGAUCUGAGUCUCAUGCUCACUGAACAUCUCCGAAUUGUCAUCAACCGAGCUAUCGUCAGCGAAGUCUGCACGAUCGACAUGGUACAAGCUAUUUGCGUGUGCAACUUUUGGAAGGCGCCGACGGAUUCGAUCUGGUUGAAGAUCGGGAUCGCCAUCCGGUUAGCUUAUCAGCUGAGAUUGCACGAAGCCAAAGACGCACCUCUGGGAAGCAGCGAGCUGGAGAGACGGAAGGCGGCUGAUGCUCAACGGACCUGGUACUGUUUGGCUUGUAAGUCCUGGUUAAUACCAGAGGGAAUCUCCUUCAUUACCUACAAUCGGGUUACAUCGUCAUCUUUUGCCAAACUCGGUGACAUCGUAGGCUUCGAGCUUCUCUACUCUGCCUUGUUCGAUCUGCCCUGUUCCAUGCGUUUUGGUACAUUUAGAGAUCCUCUCGAAUGGCAGCGAGUUGUCGCCGAUCUAGGCGUUGAAAACGACACGCAACUAGCCUUUUCGUUCGGCUCGGAAGGUACUUUCAGCAUGGUUAUGAGGGCAGCGCCAGGUGGUCUUGCAUCUCCCCGGCUGAUGGAGCUAGAGAAUGUCGAAGAUCGUUUCGACACCUUGACCAAAUCGUUGAAUCUCGGUGGCGACUCGACAAAAGCCAACGUCACAUCAAAGACGUUCAACCGCUUGCAAAACUUUAUCAAUCUGAACAAGUUGCUUCUCGGAGCUCAACGCUAUGAGACUCUUCCCUCAGAAUAUCACAGCGACCAGUUGCUGGAAAGAGCCGAGACCUGGCUUUCCAGUCUACGCGCCCUCGCUUUGGAUGGCCAGGUGAUCUACUUUCAAGAUGCGUUCUACGUUUUCUUCACCAGGGCGGGUCAUUACCUUUGUCAGAUGAUAUCGCAAGUGCGACCGAGGUCUCGUCAACGGAUAUUGGAGAUUCUGCUGCAAGUACACACGCUUUGCUCGGACUGUGUCCGCCAGGUCGGAAACGAUUCCGGAUGUUACUACGUGGCACGGUAUUACGCUCGGCUACUACGACAAGCCAAGGCACAGACGAUAACAGGGUAUGACCCGACGACCGACGAUCAAGAAGUUGGCAACCGUCGGGACAUGUCUUUCGACACGGAAGAUUUUUUGCAGCAACUGGAUACACUUUUAGACACGGCAGACCUUGAACAAGGAAAUUUUCCGGUUCCCUCGUACUGGGACGAUCUAUUACAGCAUGCACCCUGGUGAUGCAAACUCCGACCCGGCGUGUAUGUUGCAAGCGCGAAGAAGGUUGUACCGUCAAUACAUGUCGAUUCAUGACCGAGCAAGGUCAGCCCAGACUACACAAGAUCCCGGUCAUCGUAAGGGAUAUGAUUUCGCUCGAGCAAAGGUCAGCGCUUCGAUCUCAGAAUGGCCAAGUCCGUGUUCGUGAGCCGAGCAUCUUAGUUGGACAUCUUGAACGGUCAAUGAUGGACGAAUCCGUAUGAGGAACUUGCGCCGAUGCUGUCAAUCGAAAGGCAAGACUGUUCUGUACCUGUGCAAGAAGAAAAG